GUAGCCGGAUACAAAACUGACGCUUUUGCGCAUGUGAACCAACAUAGACUUCUAAGUAGUUGCCCCUUGCAACUACUUAGUUGCAGUUGUGUUUCAGACAAUAUUCAAUUUAUUUUUGGAUUUUACAUAUUUUACUACGCUACUGAAUUUGUGUGGACUGCCUUGUCAUUAGUUCGCACAAAUGCCUCUGUUCUUUUCCCUGCAUUCAUUAGUUUCACCCAGCUCUUCUUCUUCUUCAAUUCUGCGGCAGCGUUACCACACUGCUCAAUGGUGCUGCAUUGGUAUUACAUUGCUGAUUUCAGUUCCUCCAGCUUCAUGCAGUUUUACCUACGCUAAUGCUGCGUUCAGAACGCGAUUUUAGCAUCAAGUCUAUGGUGGAGGCGCUUAAGAGGUCUUGGUGCGUUUCACCCGUCGGGUGCGAUGACUUUUGGGAUUUCAAGCGUCUGAAGCGGCAGACGCUAGAGUUGAAAAAUCAGAACUUUUGCAGCUGGACGCGGAGCGUCAACCAAUCAGAAAGACCCCUAUUUGAGGUAGAGGCGGAUAUUCCGAUGGGACGCAAGAACCGUGAAAUUCAGGAAGUUGCAGUGCAGAUACAGUAUUCAGCUCCAUGUGAGUGUUCUGCCUUGAUAGAUAUGACCUUUUCAGGAGGUAAACUGGAUCUGUCAAAUGAGUUCAAUCUACAUUGACAUCAAAAUAAAAGAAGCUGAGUCUUUCUUAGUAAAUUACCAGGAGGCUCAUUCUUGUGGAAUCAGCCGAAGCAUAUUGUAACGCGCACAAGCUCUUCUGCAAUGUUUGCAGCUCCCGUUCCUGCUAUAAAACUUGGAAUGAUGGGAGAUUGCAAUACCAAUGUGAUUUAUGGCUAUAUUUUUAACUUUCCGGCUGUAACAGGAUGUAUGCAGUGAAAAAGAUAUCUGUGUGAAACGGAAGAAACUAGUUUACUUAAUUUGAUCCGAGUUUUAAAAGUUGUCACAAAAAAUAUAUUUCAGAAAUUCCUGUUUGAUCUCACUGCAUGUUUGAGCUUGUUCUUAUUUUUCUUUCACAUCUGAAGACACGCCCCCCUCCCCCUUUAACGAGAGAAACUAUGAAUAGCAGGCUCAGCUGGUGGGGGGUGACUGUGUGUGUUUGAGCGGAGAGGAUUACAGCACAGAGCUUUGCUUAGUUUCAUUUUAGAGGGAAACAUUAAUGAAGCCUGCGAACUAAAUCAUAAAAAAUCUGAUUUUGAUUACCAGAUAUACUCAGAAACACCAAAAGGAUUUUCUCAAUUUUUCUAUUUCUUGGAUUUGAUCAUCAUCUCUGAGGUUCGAGAACUGAUACGUGAGGAUGGCUGUGAUCUUCUGGAUGAUGGGUCUCGCUCUGCUCGCUCAGGGCUUCCUGUGCUGCCUUGGACACAUCGAAGUUGGCUGCAAGAAAUGGCACCCAGUUAACAACGAUGUUUACUGCGAUGAAUGCCACCCUGGGAAUCGUCUGGUCAAAGACGUAGGCCCAAAUCCUCAAAAGCUCUGCACUCCGUGUGAAAAUGGAACGUACACACUCGGGACUAGAGCCAGGGAAUGUCACCUUUGCACUCAGUGCGUUGGCGCUCUGGAGCAUCAUAAUAACUGCACCCCCAAGAGUGACACGCAGUGCAAGUGUAAAAAGGGACUCCGCUGUGGAGACAACCAGUGUUCCUUCUGUGUGGAUGAGUGCGCCAAAGGCUAUGAACCUAACAGACUACGUUAUUGCACGCCUUGUCCGAAAGGAACCUUUAAUGACCAAAUUCACGGAAAAUGUAAACCCUUGCGUACCAGGUGUCUAGAUCCAAAUCACAUAAUGUCAUUCAAGGGAAAUGCAACCUCUGACAUUAUAUGUGAACCUCUUCCACCUCCACCAACUCUACCCGUGACCCGUCCAGUUAAACCUGGCGAUAAAACUGAACAGACAUGGCCAAUGGCAUUAUUUGUGAUAAUCGGGGCAUUUAUGAUGUGCCUUAUCAUCGUUAUUGUCCUUGUGUCUGUGCAAAUCCACCACAAAGGAAAAAAGGAAAAGACACCAAGAACUCUCUCGACAACACCCAUUAUUAGGACCCCUACAGACGAUCCAAGGACAUUGAUUGCCAUCGAGUGCAGUUUUCACGAAGCUCAACAGGAACGGGGUGACAGCACAGAAUCACUGAUCUCCAAGGACCCCUCGGAGCAGGAAACUGUGUGAUUGGAAGCAAACUGGACUGCGAGUGGCCCCGACAGCUGACAAAAACAGAUUCAUCCUGAACAAGAUGUGAUUGUUUAAAAACUGAGCCACAAGUUUGAAGAAUUUCGCCCUUGCAUCCAUGUCCCAGGUUUCUAGCGGAGGAACGGAGUGCAGUGAAGGAACUGUGGUAUCCCUCGGCUGGUUGCCAAAUAGUAAUCCUUUGAUGCCUCUGUAAAUACAAACAUGGGGGAUUCUGAGAUGGGGGGGGGAAACCAAGUGGCCUUCAACAAUGACCUUUACAUCAUGUAAAUUACUCUGGUUUUCCCCGUACUAACAAAGCAGCCUUAGUGCCUUUUAAAGCACCGUUCUUACAUUUCAAAUACUUAAGAGUAUUAGUAUGCUUUGUAAUUAGUAGGUACAGUGGACUGACUCUCUGAAGCCACUGUUUUUACUAUUAUUGCAGAGAGAGAGAGAGAGAGAGAGAGAGAGAGAGAGAGAGAGAGAGAGAGAGAGAGAGAGAGAGAGAGAGCACAUUCUACGUUGUAUGCUAGCCUGUUGCUCAAUUUGAAAGUACAGUAGAGGUGGGUGUUCAGCUUUUAGUCAUUUUCAUUCUGAGCCCACGUACGCCUUCUUGUACAACCGUUAGCCUUUACCUUUGUUCCAUUGUUGAACCUACUUACCUAGUAUUAUUUUCUAUUUUUUGCUGAGUAUAUUAUAGGUGUAUUGUAUGGUUAUUUAUUAUGCAAGUAUGUGAAUGAGGCCAAGCAAGAACAGAGCUGCUUUCAGUCAGUAAGCUUAUUUUCCUUCCAGCUGAAGCCAGAUAUGUACGUGGGUCUGUAAAAAGACAACCAUUUUCUGACAACAAAUUAAACAUUUAUUUUGGUUCAGUAAGAGCUGCAAAUUUUUGUUUUAUUGGAUGUCAGAAUUAGAAAAUUAGCUUUUUAAAUGAAUUUUAUUAUGUUCUUCAAAUUCAGAAGUCUCCAUGCACUAAGACUACUGUACUUUUAAACCAUUUGGGGGAAACCCAGAUGACGUCAACUUGGCUUUGUAGCCUUCUGAUAGGUUGACUCAGAACAUUUGAGUUAAAUGAAGGAUUAUCUGCAAAUGCAUUUUCAAUCAAACCUCAACGAACACUACUUAGUUGGAAUUCAUCAUGGUGAAAAAAGAAAAUAGGCAAGUUUCAGAGCGAGAAUAGCGGCGCUCCACAAUUCAGUUUUUUUAAGCAAAAUCUGAAGCCAGGAACUUAAAGUAUUGGAGCAAAUGGGCCUUCCAAAAGGACGGAGAUCUUUAGCGUACUUCUAAAUUUAUAACAAAAUGGUAAAUGGACAACAAAGUCAACGUUUUGGAGGAGAAAUCACAAAGCCUUUGUAUCCGUGUGAUAGAAAAUGUGUAGACAGAACUGAAAAGGCGUGUGUGUGCGCAAGGUUGCCAACACACCUGACUCAGUUACACCAGAAGCUUGUGGAAGCAUGUUCAAAACUUGACUCAAGUCAUAUGCUUAAAGGCAAAUCUACUAAAUAUUACGGACAUGUAUGUAAACUUGAAAAACAAUCUAAACUCUAAUCUCAGAUAAUAAUAAAAAAGGUUGUCUUUUUAAACAGUUUACGUAAAUAUCUGGUUUCAACUGUCCAACUUGUUGAUAUUUUAUUUCUAUGUAGCUCUUAAGAGCUAACCUCAUUAAUUGUGAAAGUACCACUGUAGUCAGCCUGUUAUACAAGCUGAUGGACAACUUAGUAUAAAAUGUGAUGUUAACAGAAACCUUAUGGACUUUCCUGUUGUUGCUUAAUUGGUCAUGACCAAAAAAAGUCCAGAAAAGGGGUUUUCCCCCUCCAUGUUGGCGAUGUUGGUGUUAAAACAGCAAGGAGUCUAUAUAGGACAGCACCUAGUUGUAACAUAUUUAACAACAAGCAAAUAUUUGUCUAAGCUUAAGCUGAGCAUAUAAACAAGCUGAGUCAUGCUCCUUGCACAACUCUAAAAGCCACGGGGAUCCCGAGAAACCUUUAACAACUUGAAAAUGUCACCGGUGAAAGUUUAAAGAUCUUUGAGAUGCCAAUUUAGUGUGCCAUAAAAUCAUUUUUUUUAUAUCUCAGAUAAAGGCUCCAGGGUCAAGUGGAAACCCCCCACGUCACUCUUGUGUUUUUCUGUGAAACUCCUGCCCUUGAGCCGUGUUGGUGGCCGAUGAGAUUAGACCUGCCGGUGGUGUUUUUUUUUUUUUUUUUUUUAAGCCGUAUAUGUUGCUUGAACUGUAGAAGGCGGGUUUCUUUACUGAAUGGAACAAUUAAGAAAUAUGUCGUGUGGGCUUCUGCUGGAAAGAAGUAAGCCCACAUCUAUUGUGAUUUAUCACAAGUGUGUUGACGUAUGAGUCAUAGUUCACAGGUGUCGUCCUGAGAACAACCAACGCGUACGCAUGCUGACUGUAGCACUUUAUUUUGUCUACCAUCUGCUGCUCGAAGCAAAUGACGCACUUGUAGUUUGAAGAUCCGUUUCUAUCUUUAAGUUUGAGAUAGUGUUAUUUUUUUUUUAUUAUUGAAAACGUCUCUACAGAAAAUGGAUUUAUUCUGUACUGUAUUCAGUUUUACACUGUACUUUUAUUACAUUUGUGAACACCAAAUAAAUAUGAUACAUAUUUUUUUAAUUUGUAGUGCUUUCAUACAGAACAGCAAAAAAAAAACAAAAAAAAAAAAAACUGUACUCCAAAAAAGAAGUUGUAUUUUAUAUUUGUAAUGAAAGAAAGGAGGAAGUAAAAGCAUAAAAAUAAAAACCCAGAUCACACAACAGGAACAAGAACAAAGAUAAAUACAGAUUCUGCCUUCAUUACAAUGAAGAUUAAUUAGGGUUUGGUAUAUGAAAAUUUCCCAACGUAUACAACAGCCAGUUCUCAGAUACUCUUUGGUGUCAUGCCUCAUUGACUCUAAAAACGUGGCGGGGAACUCAACUUUGCAGUGUCAGUUAGUGAACCUGGGGACUUAGCUGUUUCUGUUAGAUACUUGGAUCUUAAUAUUGUACCUUGCAAAAAUAUUAAAUAUUUAUACCUCUUCAUUUUUUCCCCCACAUUUCUCAUGUUAUAACCACAAGCCUCAGAGCAUAUUUGGGGGUGGGGUGGGGGAUCUUGCAUGAUGGCACUCAUGAAGUAGAGGGAUAGUUUGGUUUAAAUAACUAAGUGUGGCAAACAUUUGCAUUCAGCUCCCUUUAAUUUG